UGGGUCAAGGGAGUAAUGAUUCGCUGCAUGCUGAACAUCUGGGGGGUUAUUCUGUACUUGAGACUGCCCUGGAUCACUGCACAGGCUGGAAUAGGCCUUACCUGGGUGAUCAUCCUGUUGUCUUCUCUUGUGACAGCAAUCACUGGACUCUCCAUCUCAGCUAUCUCCACCAAUGGGAAGGUGAAGGCGGGUGGCACAUACUUUCUGAUCUCCCGCAGUCUGGGUCCAGAGUUGGGGGGCUCGAUCGGACUGAUUUUUGCUUUUGCGAACGCGGUGGCUGUGGCAAUGCACACCGUGGGCUUCUCUGAGACUGUGCGGGACCUGAUCAUUUAUUCUGGCGGGCCCAUAGUGGACCCAAUUAAUGAUAUCCGGAUUAUCGGUGUGAUCACUGUGGUAGUUCUGCUGGGAGUCUGUAUGGCCGGCAUGGAAUGGGAAUCGAAGGCUCAGAUCCUGUUUUUCGUAGUUAUCCUCAUAUCUUUUGUGAACUACUUUGUGGGGACUGUUAUACCAGCGAAUGAGGAAAAACAAUCAAAGGGAUUCUUCAACUACAAAGCUGACCUUUUCCUAAGUAACAUGGUCCCAGGAUGGAGAGGGGAGGACGGCAGCUUUUUUGGAAUGUUCUCCAUCUUUUUCCCAUCGGCCACUGGAAUUCUAGCAGGAGCCAACAUCUCAGGAGAUUUAAAGGAUCCUGCGGUGGCCAUUCCACGAGGCACUCUGAUGGCAAUCUUCUGGACUACCGUAUCUUACCUGGCUAUCUCGGCGACCAUUGGUUCCUGUAUGGUGCGUGAUGCUUCUGCCAGCCUCAACGAUACUCUCCUCUCCAAUGAGACUGCGGACUGUGAGGGGCAAGCCUGCAGCUACGGCUGGAACUUCACCGAGUGCUAUAGAGCAGGGGACUGUAGUCAAGGACUACUGAACAAUUACCAGACUCUGAGCAUGGUAUCUGGGUUCGGGCCUCUAGUCACUGCUGGGAUCUUCUCUGCCACCCUGUCCUCUGCGCUGGCCUGCCUCGUCUCGGCUCCCAAGGUUUUUCAGUGCCUUUGCAGAGACAAUCUGUACCCACUGAUUGGUGUAUUUGGAAAGGGAUAUGGCAAAAAUAACGAACCCAUGUGGGGCUAUGUGCUCACUUUCUUCAUCGCUGUGGCCUUUAUUCUGAUUGCUGAGUUGAAUGUGAUUGCUCCGAUCAUCUCCAAUUUUUUCCUGUGUUCCUACGCGCUCAUCAACUUCAGUUGCUUUCACGCCUCCAUCACUAAUUCUCCAGGCUGGAGGCCCUCAUUCCGGUACUACAGUCGCUGGACGGCUCUGUUUGGAGCAAUCAUCUCCCUUGUGAUCAUGUUUCUGUUGAACUGGUGGGCAGCGCUCAUUGCUCUAGGCAUUGUGGUCUUCCUUCUGGGAUAUGUCACCUACAAGAAACCAGACAUCAACUGGGGGUCCUCCAUGCAGGCUGGUACCUACAACCUGGCUCUUUCCUACUCUGUCUCUCUCACUGGGGUCGAGGAUCAUGUUAAAAACUUCAGGCCACAGUGUUUAAUAUUGACCGGUCCUCCAAAUUUCCGUCCUGCUUUGGUUGAUUUUGUGGGUACCUUUACCAAGAAUAUCGGGCUCAUGAUCUGUGGGAACAUAAUCAUGGGUGAGGGUAAGAAUGUCCAGCAGGAAGAGAGGACCAGUGCAGAGGUCAAGUGGUUGAACAAGCGCAAGAUCCGUUCCUUCUACACCUCGCUGUCUGGGGACAACCUGAGAGAUGGAGCCAGGAGCCUCAUGCAGGCUACUGGCCUGGGAAAGCUGAAACCCAACACUCUCUUCAUGGGAUUCAAGGGUAAUUGGCAGGAAGACUUGCCACGAAACGUGGAUGACUAUAUUGGAACUAUACAUGAUGCCUUUGACAUUAACUAUGGAGUGUGUCUGCUGAGAUUGACUGAGGGGUUGGAUGUUUCUACAAAGAUGAAGGCUCAUGCUAACCCUGCUUUUGAAGACCACGAAGGCACAGAAACUGAGGAAAAGGCAGAAAAUGACUCCACUGAAACCAUUGUGGAUGAACAAGUCAGUAGCAUUUUUCAGGCGAAACAGGGAAAGAAGACCAUUGAUCUCUACUGGAUUUCUGAUGAUGGAGGCCUGACACUCCUAAUCCCAUACCUGCUGACCAGAAAGAAGCGGUGGAGACAGUGCAGAGUGAGGGUCUUCAUCAUCGGACACCAGGACACUGUAGAGGAGGAGAGGAAGGAAAUGCUUUCCCUGCUGAGUCAAUUCCGUUUGGACUUCCAUGAUGUCGUCGUGAUUAUAGACAGCGAGCAAGCCCCACUGUCUGAGAAUAUGAAGAGGUUUGAGGACUCCACCGCCCCCUACAGGCUCAAUGAUGGUUUACGGGACGAGGCUACAGUCCGCGAGCUGAGAAAGGACUGCCCCUGGAUGAUCUCAGACAGAGAGAUGGAACAAUUGAAACAGAAGUCUGAAAGAAAGAUUCGGCUGAAUGAGAUUAUCCAAGAAAACUCCCCUGAAGCAGCUUUGAUCCUUGUGAGCUUGCCUGUGGCAAACAAAGACUUCUGCCCAAGUGCGCUGUACAUGGCCUGGCUAGACGCAUUGUCUCACAACCUGAGGUGCCCAACAGUUCUGAUCAGAGGGAACCAACAGAGUGUCCUCACCUUCUACUGCCAAUGAUGCUCCUCUUCUUGUUUUACUAUAAACCCUCAAGGCACUGGAGAAUCACACAACUCCCAGCCGUCUCCUUAUUGAGAAUCCAAUGGGGUUUCUGUCAAGGGCAUGGAAACCCAUUCAACUCCCAAGAGCAAUCGAUUCAGUGAAGCAAUUUGCAGAAGAUGCCAACCUUGAAACUCAGGAAUUUUGGACUGUUUUUUAAAUUGUUUUAACUGCAGUAUAUGAAAGAUAAUUAAUAAGCUUGCUGAGACCUUAAAAAAAGCCAAAAGACAAGGCUACUGAAGACAUGUGGAAAUUGGGUCUAAAUUGGGGCACGUUGGAUGAGAUUUUUAUUAUUAUUAUUAUCAUUAUUUUACUAGAUCCAUUUUCUAUGAAACAUCUGGACAACUUUAUGGAACUGCCCACUUUGAUGUUCUCGAAUGAAUACUUCUGUUCCAAAAAAGUGUCAGAAAACAUUUGCAGUGUGUGGUUUUGGGAACUUCAAACUUUUUUGUAAUUUGAACCCUGUUCUGUAACCCAGCAGUUCUCAUCUUUUUGCGUCGAGUCAUUCCAAAUCUGGGGGACAAUAUGCAUAAAUUUUAAGUAGAUACCUGCGGAAUUUCUUUUGUGUUCAGUAUUUGUAUUAAUAAUAGCUUAUGAAACUGGAAAUCAAGUAAACAUAAUCGUAUCAAACCAUGUAUGUGUUAAGUACUUCCAAUGUAAUAUAUCAAGCAUUUUUGUCAGGACAACUUUAGAAACUGUCCAACAAAAAACAUCACAUUACAUCUUAUUGGGCCACAUUUUCAAAGCCUACCUUUUGAAGGACACAAAACAUCUGUUAAUCUAACAAAACUAGAACCGAACAUCUAAAUUCUAUAUUUCAGGUCCCUUUAGCAGUCUGUUUGUGAUAAAGUAGCUGCAGAAUAUGAUGAAUCUGUGCAAGCCUUUCCCAACAAAGCCUGCCAAGUUAGCAUAUUAUCAUCCGAGGCAUCAUAAUGCCCGAUUUGCAUAAAGUCACUUCUGUGUUACAGGAAUUUGUAGUUUGUAGUUUUCCAUACCCUACAAGAUGGCCGACAGCCAGAGGAAUAUGCUUCCUAUAGUCCAAAGUUAUGGUGCCAUUUAGCAGCAACACAAAGAUUGGUAGCAGGUGUCUUCUGUUUAAUUCAAAGAUUUGAUAUUAAAUAUUUAUGUGUAAAACACGGAUAUCUCAGUUUUGGUUUUCUUUUUGUAGACAUGUUUUUAACCCUUUAUGGUACAAGGGACAGGUGUGUCCCACAAAUACAGAAUCACUUUCUUAUUUAUGCAAUGAGGUGCACAAAACGGUUUAAAAUCUACUGCCAGGUGAAUUUUGAACAUGCCAACGCAAUUUUUUCUGCUUUAAUAAAUAGUAUGUUUAAUUGAGAAACAGCUU